CUAGCUUCACAAUACGCAUUGACAAACACAUCAAGAAUUUAAGAUGCAAGAGAAAGCAAAAGCGAGAGAUGGAGAACUUCCCCGUGAUAAAGUUGGAGAAUCUAAAUGGUGAGGAGAGGAAGACUAUCUUAGAGCAAAUUGAAGAUGCUUGUGAGAACUGGGGAUUUUUUGAGUUGGUAAAUCAUGGAAUACCCCAUGAACUUUUGGACAUUGUGGAAAGGUUAACAAAAGAGCAUUAUAGGAAAUGCAUGGAGCAGAGAUUCAAGGAGGCAGUGGCAAGCAAAGGGUUAGAGGGUAUCCAAGCUGAAGUUAAGGACAUGGACUGGGAGAGUACCUUCUUCUUGCGCCAUCUCCCAGAUUCCAACAUCUCCCAAAUUCCUGAUCUCAGCGAAGAGUACAGGAAAGUGAUGAAGGAAUUUGCCCAGAAAUUAGAGAAACUUGCAGAGAAGUUGCUAGACCUUUUGUGUGAAAAUCUUGGAUUAGAGAAGGGGUACCUGAAGAAGGUCUUCUAUGGAUCAAAGGGUCCAAAUUUUGGCACAAAGGUAGCAAACUACCCUCCAUGUCCAAAUCCAGAGCUGGUGAAGGGGCUUCGCGCCCAUACAGAUGCAGGUGGGAUUAUCCUUCUCUUGCAAGAUGACAAGGUCAGUGGCCUGCAGCUUCUCAAAGAUGGCCACUGGGUGGAUGUGCCUCCAAUGCGCCAUUCCAUUGUUGUUAACCUUGGUGACCAGCUUGAGGUAAUCACAAAUGGAAGAUACAAGAGUGUGGAGCUCCGUGUGAUUGCUCGAACUGAUGGGACUAGAAUGUCCAUAGCCUCAUUCUACAACCCUGCCAGUGAUGCUGUUAUCUACCCUGCACCAGCAUUGUUGGAUAGCAAAGCAGAGGAAACAGACAAAGUAUACCCCAAAUUUGUGUUUGAGGAUUACAUGAGGCUCUAUGCUACGCUAAAGUUCCAGCCAAAGGAGCCAAGAUUUCAAGCUAUGAAAGAAGUGAACUCAUUUUAGUUUAGUUCCAACUCGAACAACUUAAUUGGAGCUGUGAUAUACUAUACUGCUAGAAAAAAUUUAUUGAUUUGGGAAAAAAAUGGGGAAAUAACCUGCAAUUAAGCAAUGAAAUAUUGGUUGUUAAACUAUCCAAUUUCUUUUUACAGGGGUGAAUUGAUUAUUUGUACUUCAACAAAUAAACAAAAUGUUCAAUCAAUAUGCAGCAUUUUUUGUUUUAUCUCAA